AUGGGUGAUCUCCCUAAGGUGCGUGUGUCGCCUCCGCCUCGCGGCUUCGCGCAUUGCGGAAUCGAUUACGCCGGGCCUGUUAAAGUCCGCGCAUCCGCCGGUCGCGGAAUUCAGUCACGAAAGGCAUAUAUUGCCUUAUUCAUUUGUAUGGCUACUCGAGCCAUUCACCUCGAAUUAGUCGGGGACUACUCCACUCCGUCAUUCCUCAACGCGUAUCUGAGAUUCUGUUCGCGUCGAGGUCUGCCGCAAUCGAUGUAUUCAGAUAAUGGAACGACUUUCGUCGGCGCUGAUCGAGAGCUCCGGAUCGCCUAUCAGUCGUCGAUUCGCGAUCCCGAGUUCUUAAACAAAACCGCGGACGAUAAUGUGUCGUGGCAUUUUAUCCCCCCCUCUGCUCCUCAUUUCGGAGGACUGUGGGAAUCAGGCGUCCGCAGCGUGGAACAUCACCUCCGUCGGGUUUUAGGGGAGGCUACUCUAUCGUUCGAGGAGUUUGCGACUCUUCUUUGUAAAAUCGAGGCGUGCCUAAACUCGCGUCCAAUCGCACCGUUGUCGGAUUCUCUUGAGGACUACGAGAGUCUGACGCCGGGCCACUUUCUGAUCGGAUCCGCGAUCACCGUGCCCCCGAAACCGUCGCUGCUGAAGCUCAACGAGAAUCGCUUGUCUCGUUGGCAACUUAUUCGCCAAAUCACCGAACGGUUUUGGAAACUGUGGGCAAGCGACUACGUUAAUACGCUUCAGCAGCGCGGCAAAUGGCGGCAUCCGACGGCGUCAGUAGAACUCGGGCAACUCGUUCUUCUACGUAACUCUACCUUGCCUCCCUGCAAGUGGGAGCUCGGCCGAGUCAUCCGCUGUCACCCCGGUUCGGAUGGGCUAACGCGGGUCGUCACCGUGCGGACCGCGACCUCGGAAUACAAGCGCCCGAUCGUACAGCUAUGCCCCUUGCCGAUCACAAGCGCCGCGCAAGCCGACGUUGAAUAG